UCAAGAGUAGGAUCAUCGCAAAGUUUAAUCUCCUCGCGUGCUGCUAUCUUUGGAGCGGCGACGGCGGCUUAAGAGCGGGAGGAACACAGAGUCCGGACCUGUCGACGAAAAGCUCGACGAAAAAGUUGUUCCUGUGGCUGUGAGACGAUGGGGAAAUGAACGGCUGUCUUUGGCUCUCUUCACCGCUAGAAGCGUGACUCGAGGAUGCUGCUUCCCCGCCGAGGCGGAGGGCUGCCCGGGGCCUGGCGCCUACCCGGGCUGCUCUUCUGCCUCGCUCUCGCCGCUGUUGGUGCUAGCGUGCCAGUGGAUAACUGCCCUGACCAUAUUGACUGUGCCAGAGUGGGCCGGCAGUUCUGCACACCUGGUUCUUCCAAGUGUGGACCCUGCCUCGCCAGGCUGGAGGAGGAUGAAGAAGGGAACUGUGUGACCCCAGAGAAACGUCAUUCUCAUCAUGGUAAAGAGACUUCCCUUCCUGAUCUAGACGAGGAAAUCGACUACCUGUCGUCUAUCAUCGCCAAGCAACAAGUGUCACAUGUCAAAAAGCCAGUCUCUCCUUCCUGGUCGGCUCUCCAGUUCCAGUCAGAGGAGAAGAACGGUCAGUCUAGGUUGAAGAGUGCGUCACAGACCACUACAGCAAAACCCACCACCCACAGUCCAUCCACUGCAGCUCAGCACACCUCCAAAUCCCCUGAGCCUCGUACAGAUUCUUCUGGCCGUGGAAAACCCAUUGCGAUCCCCUUCCCCAGGGACAGCAUGCUUGUCUUACUGAUGUCUGUGUGCAUCAUCAUGGGGACUGUGGCUCUGAUCCUGGCGGCUGUGUGCUGGGUCAGGUUACAGAGAGAAGCUCACUUGGCUCAGAAAGUUGAUUAUCCUGCAUUUCAAGCAGCAGGGCCCAAAUCCUCCAGCGGCAUUUCUUCAGGGGACAAUAAGCUGGCUCACAGUGCCCAGAUGUAUCACUACCAACAUCAGAAACAACAGAUGCUCUCAAUGGAGAAAAACAAAACAGAACCUAAGGUGUCUGAGUCUGGAGCCACGUCAGAUGAGGAGACCGAAGAAGGAGACUUUACUGUAUAUGAGUGCCCUGGACUUGCCCCGACUGGAGAGAUGGAAGUGAAGAAUCCACUGUUUGAUGACUCAACUCUACACCGUGAGAGGAAUCACAAGUGACCUGGAUGUCUAUACACACACACACACACACACACACACACACACAUACAUACAUAUAUAUAUAUAUAUAUAUAUAUAUAUAUAUACACAUACACUUACUUAAAAGCAGAAUAGCAAAACAAAACAAAAAAGUUUGCUCUUCAUUGGAGAGCAUGUUAUUGAUACAUGCACACUUCUGAUGACCGUGCAUGGAGACACACACACACACAUACAGACACACUCACAGAAACCACAAACACCGGAAGUUUUGACUUGCCCUUUAUCAGACUAGCCCUUCAGAACAAAUGGAACACAGAAGAUGUCCUUAAACCUAAAACAGGAUGAAGAAUGGAUGAAAUAAAAGCAGAAGUUGAAAGUGAACUUUUCUUUCAAUGCACAUUUUCUAAAGACUUUUAACGAACACUGUGGACCCGACAGCAACGUGCACAGCAGACUGAAACUCUACAGGGCUCUUUUCCUCUGUUCUUUUUUUCACUCUGCUGUUACUGCUCCUUAGUGCUGCUUUUUAAUCACACAUCUGUUUUACUCAUGCCUCUUUACACUUCAAGUUCUUCUGUCGAGCUUAGUUUAAAUGUCACUUCUGGUUAGAUGUGUUCUUCAUUUAAUCAGUGUUUGUUUUUUUUUUUAAAUUAAGAAAGCUGCCUCCCAAAGCUCUUAUUUGGAUGUCAUUAUAUUUCAUUAGACAUGUGUACUGAAUACACAGCACCCAUUCUCUUUCACUUUGCAUCCUUCACAGUUACAUGGAUAUGAUUUAAUGAUUUCAUCUCAGAUUUUGGUUUUCUUUACCUAGGCUGAUCUCCUUUUUAGGAUUGAAUUGCAUUUUCUAUGUUCCUUUCUACGAUUCCGUAGUGCUUUUCUCAGGUUUCUUUACUGUUUUGUCUACCUCUCCCUUUCACUGUUGUUUUCCAGUUUUUUUCUCUUGACAUGUAGACUACUAUUCAAAUAGAAUAAUUAUCAGAAAUUUUAUUGUAUGUAAAUUCACUGAGGUAUUAAAUACUAAAGUCACUUUAGUACAAAUAAAGUAAAA